CAGAGUAACAAUGCUCUGGACCAGAAAUAUCUGGAGAGGAGCAGAAUUGACAUUCUGAAUGCUGCCAGAAUCCAUGACGUCUACACAGAGGUGGCCAGAGCAGGGUUGGGCACUUUUGCAUCUGUUCUUGGUGGCUUCGUUUACUCAGGCAGAUGAGCAGGUAUGCACACAAAGAGGAGACACUGAAAAUCCUCAAUUAGUUAAGGAUGGAGAUAUUCUGUUAGGAGGACUCUUUUCUUUCCACACCAACUGGAGAGAAAGACAGAAUACCUAUAUGGAAAAGCCAGUGCCACUGCAAUGCACUAGUUUGAAUUUCAGAGAAUUCCAGUUAGCCCAGGCAAUGCUUUUUGCCAUUGAGGAGAUAAAUAACAGUUCAGACCUACUACCAGAUAUCUCUCUGGGCUAUAAAAUAUAUGAUACUUGUGGAUCCAUUGCCAGAAGUGUGAGAGUUACGCUGGCCUUGGUUAAUAGUAACGAAAUUGUGGCUUCACCUUCAAAGGCAUGUACAAGACCUGCACAAGUGCAAGCCAUAAUGGGAGAAACUUCUUCUUCUCCUUGCACAGCCAUAGCUACUGUCAUGGGUCCAUUUCAUAUUCCGCUGAUCAGCCACUUUGCCACAUGUGCAUGUCUCAGUGAUAAAGUCAAAUACCCCUCGUUCCUCAGAACAAUACCCAGUGACUACUACCAGAGUAGAGCCCUCGCACAGCUGGUAAAGCAUUUUGGUUGGACUUGGGUUGGAGCUGUAAGGUCAAAUGAAGAUUAUGGCAAUAACGGUAUGGCCACAUUCAUUGAAACUGCUCAGGAGCUGGGCCUAUGUGUGGAGUAUUCUGUAUCUUUCUUCAGAACAGAUUCAUCAGACAAUAUACAAAAGAUUAUUGAUAUUAUCAAAGGUUCAACUUCAAAAGUGAUUGUUACCUUCCUCUCCCACAUGGAUUUGGAUAUAUUAUUACAUGAGUUGUCUGUCCACAACUUGACUGGCUACCAGUGGGUGGGAACUGAGGCUUGGAUAUUUGAUUCUCAAACUGCAGAAAGAGAUAUUAAUCACAUUUUAGAUGGAGCAAUAGGCCUUUCUAUUCCCAAAGCCCAUGUGACAGGCCUGAGAGAUUUCAUGCUGGAUGUGAGGCCACUGAAUUCAUCAAAUGCAGAGUUAUUUACUGAGUUCUGGGAGGCUUUAUUUAACUGCCAAUUCAAACAACCAAAAUCAACAGAGAUUCGGAGAAAAUGUACUGGUGAGGAAGACAUAAAUAGAGUGGAAAACAGUUUCACUGAUAUGUCACUGAUGCCCAUAUUUAACAAUGUCUAUAAAGGAGUUUAUGCAGUAGCCAAUGCUCUGCACAGAAUUCUGAGCUGCAACAAAACAUGUAAUAAACAUGCACAGCUAGAUCCAUUCACGAUUCUACAGAACAUACAAAGAAGUAAUUUCAAAACAAAGGAAGGCGAUCAGGUUUACUUUAAUGAGAACGGAGACCCUGCUGCAAAGUAUGAAAUUAUAAACUGGCAGCCAGGAGAAAAUGGCAUUGUGGACUUUGUCACAGUUGGUCUUUAUGAUGCAACAUUACCGACUGACAAACAAAUGAAUCUGCAAAACAAGUCCAUCAUUUGGACACAAAAUUCAUUGAAGGUUCCCGUAUCAGUUUGCAGUGAAAAAUGUCCCCCAGGAACACGUAAGGUUCUCCAGAAAGGAAAGCCUGUGUGCUGCUACGACUGUAUACGUUGUGCAGAAGGGGAAAUCAGCAACAUCACAGAUGCUAUCACCUGUGUGAGAUGCCCCCCUGAAUCCUGGUCAAAUGACAGAAGAGAUGCUUGUAUAAAGAAGAAGGCUGAGUUUCUAUCUUAUGAUGAAAUUAUGGGAAUAUUGCUCUCCACCGCCUCUUUAUUUGGAACAUUCAUAACUUUUUUUGUAGCGUUCAUCUUCUACAGACACAGAAAAACUCCUCUUGUCAGGGCAAACAACUCUGAGCUUAGCUUCCUCCUCCUUUUUUCCUUGACCCUGUGUUUCCUCUGUUCUCUGACCUUCAUUGGACGGCCCUCUGAGUGGUCCUGCAUGCUUCGUCACACAGCAUUUGGCAUCACUUUUGUCCUCUGCAUCUCCUGUGUUCUGGGGAAAACUAUGGUGGUUUUGAUGGCAUUUAAAGCCACACUUCCUGGGAGAAAUGUGAUGAAGUGGUUUGGGCCUACACAGCAAAGACUCAGUGUUCUGAGCUUCACUCUUGUACAAGUGAUCAUAUGUACUCUCUGGUUAACGAUCUCUCCUCCCUUUCCAUCCACGAACUUUAAAGAGUAUAAGGAUAAAAUCAUAUUGGAGUGUUCUUUGGGCUCAGCAGUGGGUUUUUGGUCUGUGCUUGGUUAUAUUGGACUUCUUGCUAUGCUAUGUUUCAUUUGUGCUUUUCUGGCUCGUAAACUGCCCGACAAUUUCAAUGAAGCCAAAUUUAUUACUUUCAGUAUGUUGAUAUUCUGCGCUGUUUGGAUCACCUUUAUACCAGCAUAUGUCAGUUCUCCGGGGAAGUUCAGUGUUGCUGUAGAGAUCUUUGCAAUUCUUGCCUCUACGUUUGGAUUGUUAAUUUGCAUCUUCAUUCCAAAAUGCUAUGUCAUGCUUCUGAAACCAGAGAGAAAUACAAAAAAACAUAUGAUGGGGAAGGGAGCAGCAAAAUGAUUGUUACAACCAAAGAGAAAUGUAAUGACUUUUAUACAUCCUUGGUGAUAAAGGCUUAAUACUUAGUCUUUGAUUUCCAGUUUGCUUUAAGUGAUCUGAGAAUGCACAAUAUUUCAAAUAUGCUAAUCUUUACUUUGGAAUAUUUUAUUUAGGGGUAAAUGCAUUUUCCACAAAUUUAGUUAAGCAUGACAUUUGAUCAUGUGUAAUGAUGUCUCAUCUUUUGUUUAGAACAGCAGGGCUGUGCUUG